AUGAUAACUCCUUAAGAAUAACUUGAUAUUAUCAUAAAGAAGAUUAAGUCAUUUUUAAAUUCAAAAUCAUAAUCUACAAUUAGAACUUUAGGAAAAACAUUCAGAGGCUUCGAAUCUUUCGAUUAAAAAUGUAGAAUUGACAAGGAUGAGUUUCUAAUUGGAUUAAAAUAAAAUGGUGUCGUAUUAACUAAGUUUUAAACAGAUUUUCUAUUGAAUUAUCUUGACAGAAACAGAGAUGGAUCUAUUGAUGUAGCAGAGUUUCUUUAUUUAAUUAGAGGAUCACCGAAUGAGUAUAGAUUAGAAGUUAUUGUUUAAGCAUUCAGAAAGUUUGAUAAAGAAAAUUUAGGAUUUAUAGUUGCAGAUGAUUUCAAAGGAAUAUUUAAUGCUAAAAAUCAUCCUAAAGUAACAAGAGGAGAAUUGACAGAAGAUCAAGCAUAUAUAGAGUUUUUACAAUAUUUCAAAGAAGGAAAUAAGUCAGGCCAUAUUUCAUUGAAUGAAUGGAAGGAAUACUACGCUGCAGUUAGUGCUGAUAUAGAAUCUGAUGAGAACUUUAUUGCUUUAAUAAAAGAAACCUGGAGAUUAAAAUGA